UAUCGGAAAAACGCUGGGCGGAAAUGUUGAGCUCGUCAACCAUGAGGUUUGGAUUAGCGCUCACUUUUGUCGCCAUCCUGGGGUACGCCCGUGCUGACCACAGCCAGGACUGUCCCGAACUCGACUGCAAGAAACAAGGCCCCAGCUGCGUCGCCGUCAAAGGCGACGACAACAAAUGCGGACGCUGCUCAUGCAACUCUACGGAAAGCAACAAUUCCGAUACGAAGCCCAAAGCCGAGUCGGGAAACAAGCCUUCGAACGAGGACACCAAGAACGCGACCACAGCAGGCACGAUCGGCGACGGCGCGAGUGCCGACAAGCCAGUAGCUGUUUCCAAAACAGAAGACAAGUCGCAAUCCAAACCCGAGGCGGCUGCUCAAGGCAAGGAAGGCACAGACGGCGACGCUAGCGCUGACCACAGUGCUUGCGCGGCCUGUCCGGAGCACUGUAUGAUAACAAUGUUUAAGGGCAAGUGCACCGGGUGCGUUCGGGUGGACGACAUCAACGCGGAGUGCCACUAG